AUGUCCCUGCUCUGCGUCGGAGUUAAAAAGGCCAAGUUUGACGGGCCCCAAGAGAAAUUCAACACCUACGUGACGCUGAAGGUGCAAAAUGUCAAGAGCACGACCAUCGCGGUGCGGGGCAACCUGCCGUCCUGGGAGCAGGACUUCAUGUUCGAGAUCAACCGGCUGGACCUGGGCCUGACGGUGGAGGUGUGGAACAAGGGGCUCAUCUGGGACACCAUGGUGGGGACGGUGUGGAUCCCCCUCCGGACCAUCCGGCAGUCCAACGAGGAGGGUCCUGGGGAAUGGCUCACGCUCGACUCCCAGGUCAUCAUGACCGACAACGAGAUUUCGGGCACCAAGGACCCCACUUUCCACCGCAUCCUCCUCGACACCCGCUUCGAGCUCCCGCUGGACAUCCCCGAGGAGGAAGCCAGGUAUUGGGCCAAGAAGCUGGAGCAGCUCAACGCGAUGCGGGACCAGGACGAUUACACCUUCCAGGAGGAGCAGGAAAAGCCUCUCCCGGUUCAUGGCUCCCAGUGCUGCAACUGGAAUUAUUUUGGCUGGGGAGAACAACAGAAUGACGACCCCGACAGCACUGUGGACGACCGGGACAGCGAUUACCGCAGCGAGACGAGCAAUAGCAUCCCGCCGCCCUACUACACCACCUCACAGCCCAACGCCUCCGUGCACCAGUACCCCAUGAGGCACCAGCAGCAGAGCUCCCGCGACUCCUACACGGACUCCAUGCAGAGCUACGAGAUGGACUACUCGGACCAGCGCCCCAUCAGCCCUGCGGGGAGCAGCCGGUACGCCUCGUCGGCGGAGCUCAGCCAGGGCAGCUCGCAGCUGAGCGAGGACUUCGAGAACGAGAGCCUGCGGGACUCGGAGCUGGACGAGCGCGAUGGCGACUCCUACCACUCCUGCCACAGCUCCGUCAGCUACCGCAAGGACUCGCCCCGCUGGGAGGAGGAGGAGGAGGAUGACCUCUACCUGGAGGAGGAAGAGGAGGAGGAGGAGGAAGAGUUCAACGAGGACUACAGCGAGAACGAGGAAGGCUAUGCCAAGGAGGAAGAGGAGGAGGAGGAGGACCUGCGGGACCGGGAGGCUUAUGAGCCCCAAGCCUCCAAGCACGAUACCUACCCGCCGCCCGCAAAACUGCCCGGGCAGCAACAGCCGCAGCCGCUCCCACAACAGCCGCAACAACCGCCGCAACCGCAGCUGGCCCCACAGGAGAGGAAGGAGGAGAGGAAGGAGGAGAAGGACGCCUCCGUCCCCCCAGAGCCCCCCGAGUCCCUCCAGGCCCAGCGGGGAGCGGACGAAGCCCCCGUGCCGGAGGCGGCGCAGGAGCCCGAGCCCCCCAAAGCGGCCGAGAGGGAGCGGGAUGAGGCCGAGGUGCAGGACCCCAAGGCGCGAGCCAAGGCCAACUGGCUGAGAGCCUUCAACAAGGUUUGCCUGCAGCUGCAGGAGGCCCGCGGAGACGGCGACGGAGAAGCGAAGUCGCUGUGGUUCAAAGGCGGGCCUGGCGGUGGGCUGAUCAUUAUAGACAGCAUGCCGGACAUACGCAAGAGAAAACCCAUCCCCCUAGUUAGCGAUUUGGCCAUGUCCUUGGUGCAGUCCAGGAAAGCAGGAAUCACGUCCGCGCUGGCAUCGAGCACCCUGAACAACGAGGAAUUAAAAAACCAUGUUUACAAGAAGACCCUGCAAGCCUUAGUGUACCCCAUCUCCUGCACGACGCCCCACAACUUCGAGGUGUGGACGGCCACGACGCCCACCUACUGCUACGAGUGCGAGGGGCUGCUGUGGGGCAUCGCCCGGCAGGGCAUGCGCUGCGCCGAGUGCGGGGUGAAGUGUCACGAGAAGUGCCAGGACCUGCUCAACGCCGACUGCCUGCAGAGGGCGGCGGAGAAGAGCUCCAAGCACGGAGCAGAGGACCGGACCCAAAACAUCAUCAUGGUGCUCAAAGACCGCAUGAAGAUCCGGGAGCGCAACAAGCCGGAGAUCUUUGAGCUGAUCCAGGAGGUGUUUGGCGUCACCAAGACCACCCACACGCAGCAGAUGAAGGCGGUGAAGCAGAGCGUCCUGGACGGCACCUCCAAGUGGUCGGCCAAGAUCAGCAUCACAGUCGUUUGUGCCCAGGGUCUGCAAGCCAAGGAUAAGACAGGUUCCAGUGACCCGUAUGUUACUGUUCAGGUUGGAAAGACGAAAAAAAGGACUAAAACUAUCUACGGCAAUCUCAAUCCGGUCUGGGAGGAGAAUUUCCAUUUCGAGUGCCACAACUCCUCCGAUCGCAUCAAGGUCCGCGUCUGGGACGAGGACGACGACAUCAAGUCCCGCGUCAAGCAGCGCUUUAAGAGGGAGUCCGACGACUUUUUGGGCCAGACCAUCAUCGAGGUGCGGACCCUGAGCGGUGAGAUGGACGUCUGGUACAACCUCGACAAGCGGACGGACAAGUCGGCCGUGUCCGGCGCCAUCCGGCUGCACAUCAGCGUGGAGAUCAAAGGCGAGGAGAAGGUGGCCCCGUACCACGUGCAGUACACGUGUCUGCACGAGAACCUUUUCCACUUCGUGACGGAUUUGCAAAACAACGGGGUGGUGAAGAUCCCCGACGCCAAGGGCGACGACGCCUGGAAGGUGUACUUCGACGAGACGGCGCAGGAGAUCGUCGACGAGUUUGCCAUGCGCUACGGCGUGGAGUCCAUCUACCAGGCCAUGACGCAUUUUGCCUGUCUCUCCUCUAAAUACAUGUGUCCGGGAGUGCCGGCGGUGAUGAGCACGCUGCUCGCCAACAUCAACGCCUACUACGCGCACACCACCGCCUCCACCAACGUCUCCGCCUCCGACCGCUUUGCCGCUUCCAAUUUCGGGAAAGAACGGUUCGUCAAGCUCCUCGACCAGCUGCACAAUUCCCUGCGGAUCGACCUCUCCAUGUACCGAAAUAAUUUCCCUGCAAGCAGCCCCGAGCGGCUGCAGGAUCUCAAAUCCACGGUGGAUUUGCUAACCAGCAUCACCUUCUUCCGGAUGAAGGUCCAGGAGCUGCAAAGCCCACCCCGAGCCAGCCAGGUGGUGAAGGACUGCGUGAAGGCCUGUCUCAACUCCACCUACGAGUACAUCUUCAACAACUGUCAUGAGCUGUACAGUCGCGAGUACCAGACAGACCCGAACAAGAAAGGCGAGGUGCCCCCCGAGGAGCAGGGCCCCAGCAUCAAGAACCUGGAUUUCUGGUCCAAACUUAUCACCCUGAUAGUUUCCAUUAUCGAAGAGGACAAGAACUCCUACACGCCCUGCCUGAACCAGUUCCCACAAGAGCUGAACGUGGGGAAGAUCAGUGCCGAGGUGAUGUGGAACCUCUUUGCUCAGGACAUGAAGUACGCGAUGGAGGAGCACGACAAGCAUCGUCUAUGCAAGAGCGCCGACUACAUGAACCUGCACUUCAAGGUGAAGUGGCUCUACAACGAGUAUGUGACCGAGCUCCCCUCCUUCAAGAGCCGCGUGCCUGAGUACCCUGCCUGGUUUGAGCCCUUUGUGAUCCAGUGGCUUGAUGAGAAUGAAGAGGUGUCACGAGAUUUCCUGCAUGGAGCACUGGAGCGGGACAAGAAGGAUGGGUUCCAGCAGACGUCCGAGCAUGCCCUCUUCUCCUGCUCCGUGGUGGAUGUCUUCUCCCAGCUCAAUCAGAGCUUUGAAAUCAUCAAGAAGCUGGAGUGCCCUGACCCCCAGAUAGUCGGGCACUACAUGCGGAGGUUUGCCAAGACCAUCAGCAACGUGCUGCUCCAAUAUGCCGAGAUCAUCUCCAAGGAUUUCGCCUCCUACUGCUCCAAGGAAAAGGAGAAAGUGCCCUGCAUCCUGAUGAACAACAUCCAACAGCUCCGAGUCCAGCUGGAGAAGAUGUUUGAAGCCAUGGGGGGGAAGGAGCUGGAUACAGAAGCCAGUGAUAUCCUCAAGGAGCUGCAAGUGAAACUCAACAAUGUCCUAGACGAGCUGAGCCGAGUCUUUGCCACCAGCUUCCAGCCGCACAUUGAGGAGUGCGUGAAGCAGAUGGGUGACAUCCUGGGCCAGGUGAAAGGCACUGGCAAUGUCCCUGCCAGCACCUGCAGCAGCGUUGCACAGGAUGCUGACAAUGUCCUGCAACCCAUCAUGGACCUCCUGGACAGCAACCUGACCCUCUUUGCCAAGAUAUGUGAGAAGACGGUGUUGAAACGGGUGCUGAAGGAGCUCUGGAAGCUGGUAAUGAACACGAUGGAGAAGACCAUUGUCCUGCCCCCGCUCACUGACCAGACGAUGAUUGGCACCCUCUUGAGAAAACAUGGCAAGGGGACAGAGAAGAGCAGGGUGAAGCUGCCCAGUCACACUGAAGGCACCCAGAUGAUCUUCAACGCGGCCAAGGAGCUGGGCCAGCUCUCCAAGCUGAAGGACCACAUGGUGCGGGAGGAAGCCAAGAGCCUGACCCCCAAGCAGUGUGCCGUGGUGGAGCUGGCUUUGGACACCAUCAAGCAAUACUUCCACGCGGGCGGCGUGGGGCUGAAGAAGACGUUCCUGGAGAAGAGCCCCGACCUGCAGUCGCUGCGCUACGCCCUGUCCCUGUACACGCAGGCCACCGACCUCCUCAUCAAAACCUUCGUGCAGACCCAGGCUUCGCAGGGCUCCGGCGUGGAUGACCCCGUCGGCGAGGUCUCCAUCCACGUGGAGCUCUUCACCCACCCCGGCACCGGCGAGCACAAAGUCACCGUCAAAGUGGUGGCUGCCAACGACCUCAAGUGGCAAACGUCGGGCAUCUUCCGGCCCUUCAUCGAGGUCAACAUCAUCGGGCCCCACCUGAGCGACAAGAAGAGGAAAUUCGCCACCAAGUCCAAGAACAACAGCUGGGCGCCCAAGUACAACGAGAGCUUCCAGUUCACCCUGGGCACCGAGACGGGCCCCGAGUGCUACGAGCUGCAGGUGUGCGUCAAGGACUACUGCUUCGCCCGGGAGGACCGCACGGUGGGCAUCGCCGUGCUGCAGCUGCGCGACGUGCUGCAGCGGGCCGCCUGCGCCUGCUGGCUGCCCCUGGGCCGCCGCAUCCACAUGGACGACACGGGCCUCACCGUCCUCCGCAUCCUCUCGCAGCGCAACAACGACGACGUGGCCAAGGAGUUCGUCAAGCUCAAGUCGGACACGCGCUCGGCCGAGGAGGGCAGCGGUUAAACGCUCCCCGUGCAUCCCCCCCCCCUCCACCCCCCCCAAAAC